AUGAGGUUCCCUCGACAAGCAAUACACAGGGCUUCAUUGCAGACCAGUCGCACUUGUCAAUCGAUCCAUCGCCGUCCGACCCGGCUGCACCAAUGGACUUCCAAAAGGGCGACUGUCACGCGUCAACAAGCCAGCCCUCAUGGACAUCAACAACUCCGACAUGGCUUCUUCUCAUCCGGCACCAAGCAACGUAAACCGAAGCGCACCUUACCCGCCAUCAUCUCUAUCACCGCCGUACUGAUCUGGUCCCUUUAUCCGUCAGAUGCCUUUCAAGAACUCCAACCAACGGCAAGCCAGGUCAGCCCGGCCACACACGACGAAGCUUCCACCGCUAAGGAGGACACCACCAAGGAGGACCAGCCAAAGGACAACGGCCAUAACAACCAGGCGGCUCAAAGCGAGGAAUCUGGAGCUUGGUAUGAUUUCACCACAGCUUUCCAAAAUUUCAGUGUCAUCACAGACCAGGAAUGGCGCGCGGUCUCGGACAAGGUGAUCGACUUCCUUCUACCCGAAUGGUCGAAGUUCAUCCCGGGGUAUAUCAGGAAACUUCAGGGAGAAUUGUCCAUGGCCCCUGGAUCUUUGGCCGAUGAGAUUUGGAAGGAAGCUCACGAUCCCGAGAUCAACCCUGAGAUACGGUAUUCCGCCAAGGUGCGCGUGUCAAACGAUUUGUGCGACGAGGAGAAAGAGUUUCUGGCUCGGAGGAAGAGAAUUGUCACGGUGGCCCUGGCGAAGUAUUUGGAACUGGACGAGGGGGAGGUACACGAGGAUGAUGUGCCUACGAUCGCAAUGUGCGGCUCCGGCGGCGGCUUGCGGGCUUUGGUUGCAGGCACUGGGAGCAUGAUCGCAACGGCAGAGGACGGCCUUUUCGAUUGUGUUACGUACACCUCUGGCGUGAGUGGUUCAUGCUGGCUGCAGGCCUUGUUCCAUUCGACUUUUUCACAGGGCAGUCUGAGCCGCGUCUUGGACCAUCUCAAGGCAAGAAUCGGUGUCCAUAUUGCGUACCCGCCGGUGGCAUUCUCAUCGCUGGCAUCAGCGCCCACGAACAGAUACCUACUGAGCGGUCUCGUAGAGAAGCUUAGGGGAGACCCCAACGCAGACUUCGGUCUUGUUGACAUAUACGGCACACUUUUGGCAGCGAGACUCCUCGUUCCCAAGGGCGAGUUGGGCGUGGACGCUAGGGAUUUCAAGUUGUCGAACCAGAGGCAGAACAUCAAAUAUGGGCAAAAUCCAUUUCCCAUAUAUACGGCAGUCCGACACGAGAUUCCGAAUAUUACCAGCGCGGCCGAUGGGACCGGCCACCCAACCGAACAAGAGAAAGAAGAGGCUGCUAAGGAAGCCUGGUUUCAAUGGUUUGAGAUCACGCCUUACGAGACUUUCUGUGAAGAAUUCUCCGCAGGAAUUCCAACCUGGGCCAUUGGGCGGAAGUUCAAAGGCGGCCGAGACGUCCCUCCCGAAGAGGGCUUCCAUCUACCCGAAGCUCGUAUGCCACUCCUAAUGGGUAUCUUCGGGAGCGCCUUCUGUGCCACUCUCAGCCACUACUACCGCGAGGUCCGUCCCCUAGUUCGGAGCUUGACGGGCUUCUCAACGAUCGACGAGAUGAUCUCCGGGCACAACGAAGACCUGAGCAAAGUCCACCCCUUUGACCCGGCCAUGCUGCCAAAUUUUACAUAUGGAAUGGAAGGCCAACUCCCGCGCACAACACCCACAAGUAUCUAUAAAAAUGAGUACUUGCAGCUAAUGGACGCCGGGAUGUCGAACAACCUACCAAUAUACCCACUUCUGCGACCGGGCCGUGAUGUUGACAUCCUCAUCGCAUUUGACGCCUCCGCGGAUGUCAAGACGGACAAUUGGCUCUCCGUAGCGGAUGGGUACGCACGGCAGCGCGGGAUCAAGGGAUGGCCCAUCGGAGUAGGCUGGCCGAAGCCAGGUGAGCCAAACACGAAGGUCGCGAAAGAAUUGCGGGAUGCCGAAGCCGCCUCGACUGCAGAAGCAGAGGCCAAGCUCAACGAGGCCAAGGCCGAUCAAGCUGCACGCCGCCGCAAAGCUGGUUUCGGGCCGGAGGAAGCAGAGGGCACGCACAAGUUCGAGAAGGGGGAGGCCGAGUCCGGGGAGCUGGGUUACUGCACCGUGUGGGUUGGCACCACUCAGGAACGCUCCUCCGAGCCGCCGCCACCUUCGAAGGCGCUUGACGACACCACGGCUUGGCACCUCCAGGAGCCCGACGCCGGCAUCGCGGUGGUCUACCUGCCCUUCCUCAAGAACGACAAAGUCGAGGGUGUGGACCCUGGAACGAGCGAUUACAUGAGCACCUGGAAUUUUGUGUAUACGCCGGAGCAGAUCGACAAGGUGGUGGAGCUGGCUAGGGCGAACUAUGACGAGGGCAGAGAGAAGAUACGCAAGACGGUCAAGGCGGUCUACGAGAGGAGGAAGAGGAUGAGGCUCGAGAGGGAGGGCAAGGAGAAGUCAGAGAGAAGGAGGCGUAGGGUUCAGCUUGGUGUUGAUGGCAAGUUGGGAGAGGGUGAUCAUUUCAGCUGA